AUGCCCGGGCUCAAUUUCUUGAAGAAGAUCCGCAGCAAAGAAGGCCAUCACGAGCACUCGAAUGGCCCGACCAGCCCGACCGCAACAAAGCAGGCACAGCAGCACCAGCAGCCACAGGCUGGAGGCGCCGGGAACACUGGCGCAGCUCAAGUUUUCGGUCCAGGAGGUCAAGGGCAGCAGCAGCAUGGCGGGGAAAGCGCGACGGUGACGGCAGGCGCACCACCCCACGUCGACAACCGCCGCGCCAACGACGGCGCCUUGCUGAACUCUGAACAGCCUCAACCCUCACCAUCCAACAUCUCGCCUGGCGCUGCCCCUCCUCCUCCACUCUACGACUCGCGCCAGAACCAGAACCAGAACCAACAGCAGAAUAGUCCCAGCAUCCACAACCUAGUCAAGGAUGAAGGGGCCCCCAGUUCCAAUCAGCACUCCUCACCCUUCAGCAAGAGCGCAUUGAACUUGGGCCCAUCCCUCGUCCCGACCGUCAGCGCCAGUCCCGGCACGGAUCCCGCCGCCCUGCAGAAGCAGCAGCAGACUGCGCUCCCCCCACCGCGCAACCCACCACCGUCGCAACAACAGCCGCCGCAGCAACAGGGCGAGCAGCCCACCGACGCCAGCCGCGACCCCGACGCCAUGCAGACCGACCAACCCGAGCAACAAUCGCAGCCGGCGCAGCAAGUACAGCAGAAUGAACAGCCGCAGCCAACUCAGGCGAUGCCGCAACAGGAGCACCAGCACCAGCAACACCAACAGCAGCAGCACCAGCAGCACGCGGCCCAGUCCGUGUCUGGACACCAGCACCAAGGCAGCACCAGCUCGACGCCCCGCAUCACAAAGGGCAAAUACACACUCAAUGACUUUGACAUGCUGAGGACGCUCGGCACGGGCAGCUUCGGCCGGGUCCACCUGGUCCAGUCCAAGCACAACCAGCGCUUCUACGCAAUCAAGGUGCUAAAGAAGGCGCAGGUUGUCAAGAUGAAGCAGGUCGAGCACACCAACGACGAGCGCCGUAUGCUGAGCGAUGUCAAGCAUCCGUUCCUGGUCACUCUGUGGGGCACCUUUACGGAUGUCAAGAACCUGUACAUGGUGAUGGAUUUUGUGGAGGGUGGUGAGCUCUUUUCCCUGUUGCGGAAAUCCGGCCGUUUCCCCAAUCCCGUCGCCAAGUUCUACGCGGCAGAGGUCACCCUGGCGCUAGAGUACAUGCAUUCCAAGCAUAUCAUAUACCGCGACCUCAAGCCCGAGAACUUGCUCCUCGACCGGCAUGGGCAUCUCAAAAUCACCGACUUUGGCUUCGCCAAGCGGGUACCUGACAAGACAUGGACGCUUUGCGGUACGCCUGACUACUUGGCACCAGAGGUCGUGUCCAACAAGGGCUACAACAAGUCAGUGGACUGGUGGUCUCUUGGUAUCCUGAUAUACGAGAUGCUGUGCGGCUACACGCCCUUCUGGGACAGCGGAUCGCCCAUGCGCAUCUAUGAGAAUAUUCUCAAGGGCAAGGUGAAGUAUCCCUCGUACAUAGCACCCGAGGCGCAAGACCUGCUCCAGAAACUCAUCACCGCGGACCUCUCCAAGAGACUGGGGAAUCUUUAUGGGGGAUCCAACGACGUGAAGAACCACCCUUGGUUCCACGAAGUCACCUGGGACCGCUUGGCGCGCAAGGACAUUGAUGCGCCGUACACGCCGCCCGUCAAGGCUGGUGCCGGAGACGCGAGUCAAUUCGACAAGUACCCCGAGGAGCACGAGAAGUACGGCCAGUUAACGGGCACUGAUGAAUACGGCCACCUGUUCUCCGAGUUCUGA